UGGUGUAUGUAUGCAAAUAGACGAUCUUGAGGCCGUCGCUUCCUGUUGUGCCCCAUCCUGGCUGUGCCAUAUCUGCAAGGAGCAACCAUGGCGUCAGGCCUCCCGGGUGUCGUCCUCUUGGCCUUACUAUGUGCCGUUCUGGCCGCCUGCGUAUCGGCGGACGAUAAACACUGCCUGGGCUACACAGACAUGGGUGGCCAGUAUCAUUCAUACGAGCGAUGUUACCUCGGAUUCUGCUGUGGUAACUGCCACUCCAAACGGUGCUGUAGGGAUACCUUUCUUCGAUUUACAGAGGAUAGCCAAGAACAAUGUGAAUAUACUUCACUCAUGGACGCCACCCCGAUGUGGGGUUCUGUGGUUGGUGGUGUCAUCUUUAUGGUGGUGGUGCUCAUAAGCUGCUGUGUGUGCCCCUGCUGUUGCCUGUACAAGAUAUGCCGCAAGCCGCGACCGGUAAUCGCAACUUCCACUCACACCACCGUCGUGACUAACACCCCCCAGCAUUACCCCCAGCAACCCAUAAUGUCGCCCGGGCAACCACAAGCCUACCCGGCGGCCCCUUAUCCAGCGUACCACCCUGUUCCGGUGCAGACGGGAUAUGGCCAGCCCAUGCCACCUCAGGGAUACCCGCAACAUCCCAUGCCCGCUAUCCCUCCCCCAGGACAGCAUUACACACCGGGACCGCCGCCAACAUAUAUAGAAGCCACCGGCCCGGCCUACCCUCCCAACCCGAUGCCUUACAGCCAGGCUGCCUUCACCCCCGGCCAGCCGUCUUACCCUCUGCAGCCCCCUGGGCAGCCUCCUAUGCAGCCCCCCGUGCAGCCCCAGCCCAAUGCCCCAGCAGCCCGAGGAGACUACCUGAAUCAGCCGGCGUACAACCCAGAUUUUGUCUCUCCACCACCCAAGAUGGGUUAACGGCCUCGUCGAGCUUGCUGCAACAUCCUCAAAAGAAUUUUUACUGUUUUUCGAGUUCAUCAUCCACCCGAUACAAUUAUGCACAAGAGGUUCGUGCAUGCCUUUUUGGGAAUUGAUGUUUGCCUUGCGGUUCUCAGGAAGCAAGUCCGGAUUUCUUUUCUUUUUUUUUCUUGAACCUGACCGAAUUCCUUAGUUACUGCAGCUUGAACUAUCUCGGCCAUCUUUAGCCACGUUUGAAUGUUUCAGUGUUACAAUUGGACCCAUUAUCGUCGCGUUCUCUCGUGCUAACGUUGUUACUGCCGCUCAGUCUCAUUUGGCCUUGUCAUCGUUAGCUGCUCCUAUCGUUCGCCGGUAUUGUUAUGAUGUGUAACCAGAGAGAAAACAAAUUUUUGGGCUGUAAUUGAUAUUUUGUAAUAUGUUUUUGUGCCAGUCGUCAUAUGGCCUUUGCCCUCAGGGGGUUUUCAAAGUGUGGGACGGUGAGAAUCACUUUAGAGGACUUUGUGUUACUAUUGAUAAAACAGUAGCUAACAUUGCAUAAAUUCCAAACAGUUGCCGUAACAGUAUCGUAUUGAAUUCAUUUUUAUAUCCCUGUAAAUUAAUCCCUCGAAGCAAACAAAAAAUCUUUUCUAUUUUCCUUCAACAUAGCCAAAUUGAUCUUAACAGAUGUUUCUUACAAACCCUGAAGUAAAGUCGCGUCCCUCACUUGAAAACCGCCGCCGUCUUCGACCAAAACAAGUGUCUCUUGGAAUAGUAGUGGUCAGUCGAUUGUGGGAUGAAAAAGAAAAAAAAAAAAGUUGUGUUUUAAUUUUCAACAAUGGUGGGAAGUAUUUGUUACGGAGUUAAGAGCUCUCGGGUUAAAAGGGAAUAUUCAUUUUGUGAUGCGCAAGCUGGCCGUUGUGUGUGCACUUGUAUUUCUGCUCAUGUCCUCCAUAAGUUUGUUUUUUGUGCAACCUUAGGAUAUUUCAAUUGUUCCAACUGGACGCAAAUGUAUCAAUGCAAAAUAACCAAAGUUCUGUUUUUUUUUUUUCUUGAUUCACUGAUGCUAGCAACUGCUGUGCCUUCUAAUCCACAUAAUAUCCAAAACAACAUUAAGAAGACAGAAUUUGGAAGGUUUCAUUUCCUCUACCUAGUCAAGCUGCACGUCCGCCCAUGAGGUGUGACCAAAAUGCAACAAGACUUUGGCCGUUUGCUCGUGACUCAUCGUAGUCUUGUUUACCGUAGCACCUCGGCUCACUUUUAAAAUAUAUCUUCUGAGCUAUGCUAUGCCAUUAACUGUAAGGAUUUAGUAGACCUCAUUGAUUUCCUACUUUUACUUGAAACUACUUGUGCUCAAGUGACCUUUUUCACAAACCCGAAAGCCUUUGUCAGAAUCCGACGUAACCCGAGCAAUGCGGAGCUUUACAAUUUCCUCCUUUUUAUUUAGAUUUUAGUAGAUGUUUCCUGUUAUAUCACGCUGUGUGAUUUGUGUGCCAUGCGUACAGAUUCUUCUUCCUGUCAAAUGUGACCACAUGCCAGCUCAAUAAAUUAGAAAUUUGCUUUGUAUGCAUGCAUCAGGUG